AUGGAGGGCUGCUGGACCGAGACCAUCAGCCCAGAGCAGAGCUCCUUGUUCCCAACGCUGCUGCAGCUCUCCACCGAAGAGAUUAUUGCUAUUUGGGACGCCGUGUCCAAUUACAUCCUGGAAGAGCUGAUGCAGGACAAGUGCCCCUUGCACGUCAGCAGCAGAGAGGGCACAGAGCAGCGUUCCCACGCUCCGACAAACAGCACUUUUUCCCUCGCCAAAAGCCUUCCUGGUGGGCCUUUGUGUCUUUGCUGUGUGCAGGGUGUGCUGCUAGCGGGGCUCGGCACCUUCUGCACGGUCCGGGAGCCACUGCGCCCUGGCAAAGACAACGUGGUGACAGUUCGAAGGCCUGUGUUCCAGCUGGAAAUGGACAUGGUCUGGCUGCAGAGGCUCCAGCGUCCCAAAGUGACUCUGCCUGACAACGUGAAGAUCAAGCCGCUGAAGUACCGGCAGCUGUCCCUGGCCACCUCCUUCUCGAGGCGCGUGGUGGAAGACUGCGUGCAAGAGACCAUCCGCUUGUUCUCUGCGCACGUGCGCAACAAAGAGAAGGUCGCCUUUGCCUUCAGGGACGUCGGCGUUCUGACUUGCCAGGAAGACAAAGUGCACAUGAGCUUUUAUGCCCGCUGCACCCGGUGGCUGGCGGACCCCUGCAGUCUUCUCCGCACCGGCAUGAGGGGCUAA